UUACACUGACAAAAAUAUGGCGACAUUAAUUCGUAGCAAGAUCUCCAACAAGCUCUCAAAUGCAGCGACCACGGUUACGAAUAAAUCGCAGGCAAAGGUGAGUGGUCUCUUCGCCAGAAUGGGUUUCCAAGCCGCUACUGAUGAAGAAGCGUUGGGGUUUGCAGCCUGUGAUGAUUUGGACUAUGACCACAGGCAAGGACUGCAAAUGGACAUUCUUAAAAAUGAAGAAACAGGUGGAAAUGGCGUCGGCGAGAACAAGAAAGAUGGAAAUAUUGAAGGGGACAGUCGCUACCAGAGAGAUGGCACUGGCCCCUCAUCUUCUGUGACAAAAGACGGUGAUCUUUGUGGCGAAAUUGCUCCUCAAGAUAAGCCAAAAAUUACUGCUUGGGAAGCUGGAUGGAACGUAACCAAUGCCAUCCAGGGAAUGUUCGUACUUGGGUUGCCAUACGCCAUUCUCCACGGAGGAUAUCUCGGACUUUUUCUCAUAAUUUUUGCGGCAGUGGUGUGCUGUUACACGGGGAAAAUCCUAAUUGCUUGCCUCUAUGAAGAAAAUGAGGACGGGCAGCUUGUGCGAGUGAGAGACUCGUAUGUUGAUAUUGCCAACGCUUGCUGUGUGCCCAGAUUUCCAGCACUAGGAGGUCACAUUGUUAAUGUGGCCCAAAUAAUUGAGCUCGUGAUGACUUGUAUUUUAUAUGUUGUAGUAAGUGGUAACUUGAUGUACAACAGCUUUCCAAAUCUUCCUGUGUCUCAAAGGUCAUGGGCUAUAAUCGCCACAGCAGCUCUUUUGCCUUGCGCAUUCCUUAGAAACCUUAAAGCCGUCUCCAAGUUUAGUUUGCUCUGCACACUUGCUCACUUCGUAAUAAACAUCCUUGUAAUAGCUUACUGCCUGUCCAGGGCACGAGACUGGGCCUGGGAUAAGGUUAAGUUUUACAUCGACGUAAAGAAGUUUCCUAUCUCCAUAGGCAUAAUUGUGUUUAGCUAUACAUCGCAGAUUUUUUUGCCAUCACUGGAGGGUAACAUGCAGAAGCCAAGCGAGUUCCACUGCAUGAUGAACUGGACUCACAUUGCUGCUUGCAUUCUUAAGGGCCUCUUCGCUUUAGUAGCAUAUUUGACGUGGGCAGACGAAACCAAGGAAGUCAUUACAGAUAACCUACCGUCCGGAAUCAGAGCCGUUGUUAACAUUUUCCUAGUGGCCAAAGCCCUGUUGUCAUAUCCGCUCCCGUUUUUUGCAGCUGUGGAAGUGCUGGAGAAGACUUUUUUUCAGGACGAAGGGCGUGCGUUUUUCCCCAAUUGCUACGGGGGUGACGGACGACUCAAAUCGUGGGGUCUCAGUCUUCGAUGUGGUCUCGUAGUGUUCACAAUGUUAAUGGCCAUCUAUGUACCGCAUUUUGCGCUACUAAUGGGUUUGACAGGUAGCCUAACCGGCGCAGGCUUGUGUUUUCUCCUCCCAAGUCUUUUUCACCUCAAGCUCAUGUGGAGAAAGCUGCUUUGGCACCAAGUAUUUUUUGAUGUUUCCAUAUUUGUGAUUGGAGGUAUAUGCAGUGUUUCUGGUUUUAUUCAUUCCACGGAAGGUCUAAUUGAAGCUUUUAAAUACAACAUUCAAGAUUAGUUCAGAACAAACAGCGGUGGAACAGCAGUAUGUAAUGAUGUAUUAAACACCUAUACAGUUAAUUGACGUAAAAUAUAACAUCAUCUGUUUUCUUCAAAAUUCUUGUGUGCAACAUCAUAUGAAGU